AUGAUUGAGGACGACCAAUUGAAGCCAAAAGUUUUUGUCGUUCGAAAGAAUGAAAAAAAGGAAUUGAUUCAAUUUGGUCCACAAGACUCAGUUAAAGGAAAAGUUCUUCUUCAAAUGGGGAAUUUGAAAAAGCCACUUUUGCACAACGGAAUUCGCAUUACGAUGUGCUCUGUCUUUGAGUGUCAAAACAACUCGAAACCAGUAACAUUAUUUGAGACUGCGGUUGACCUCUGUGGCCCAGGCGUCAUGAGUUCUGAGAAAGCGAUGUACUCAUUUGAGUUUUCGCCUAUAACACACUACGAAUCUUAUAAUGGUGCAUAUGUAAGAUUGAGGUAUUUACUGCGAGUGGUGAUACUGGCUAAAAGCCCGAUAUUUCCCGUUGAAUAUGAGUUUGCCGUCUCUCUGCCACAACCGAAGGACGACUCAAUAUACAAACACCUUCCCGUUAAUACCCAAGUUGGGAUAGAAAAGAUCAUUCAAAUGGAAAUGAAGUUGGAAACGAAUACAUACGCGUUAGAAGACGUUGUGAUGGGGUGUUUGUAUUUGCGCGUUCUACGCGUGAAUGUAUCGAAAGUGUCUGUCGACUUAAUUCGAAAAGAAUUUGUGGGAAGACCUCCAGUUGAGAAGAAUGUCACUGUACUUAAAACACUUGAAUUGGCCGAUGGACAACUGGUGAAAGGAGAUACCGUGCCCGUCAGAAUAUUUUUGAAUCGAAUUAAGGAAUUGACACCGACACUAAGUAACGUGGCUGACACCUUUUCAGUGAACUAUUACUUAUCAUUUGUAUUUGAAGAUGAAGAAGGACUCAAAUAUAAUGCUUUAGUAGAAAUCAUUUUAAUUCGAGGAGAGAAGAAUAAAAAGGACGUGAGAAUUACACCACCCAUUAAUUUAAUCAAACUGGAUGAUAUGAGGGGGGCUGAGGAGUUCUUUUUGGACAAUAAAACUGAACAAGAAGAAGACGAGGAAAAAAGAACGGCAAUAAAAAACGAGAACGAAAUAGUCAAAGUGCAAAAAGAAGAGGUGGGACUCGAAGAAGGACAGACGAAGGAAGAACAUACAGAACAAAAUAUGUCACAAUCGAAAGAAAAAGAGGAACCAAAAAUAGAAGAAAAAGGUGAAUCAAAAGUCGAGUCCACAGAAACAAUUCAGGAAGAUAAUGAAGAGAAAUUGGAAGAGGCUUAUCACUCAAAUGACGAGAUGCCGACAUUUGGCGACGACGCAAAAAGUGAUGACGAAGACACACAUCAAAAUACAACAAUAAAAGAAACGGAGAAUAAACCAAUUAAAGAAGAAACAGAAGAAAACAUAGCAGACAAAGAAAGUCAUGGAAACAACAUCGACGACUUCAUAUCAUAA